AUGGUGGGCGGUCGUCAGGCGUUCUUCGGUUCCGCUUCCAAGGCGGCUGACAUCCUUUCGAGGCCGGAACUCGGGAUCAUGCCCACCCCGGGGCAGAACUCGGCGGAGUUCAUCCUCCUCGCCGCGAAGGCUGUCCUGCAGUCGUCGCAGCAGCACCAAGAGGGCCGGGCGUCGAGGAGGGGAGCUCGCUCACCCGAACCGUCCUACGCCUCCUCCUCCAUCCACUCCUCGGCAUCCACUUCCCCCCAGGGGCUUAUCGGCGUGGACCCUUCUUCCCUGCUCGGGGUGGGAGACGGCGGCGGCGGCGGCGGCGGAUCGACGAUGGGCGGGGACUACUUCUACGAGGAUGCGGAGAAGGGCUUGUUCAACGAGCCCCCCGGCGGCAAGCCGGCGGCCUACGGGGGCAAGGGCGGUUACGCUGAGGAGGAGGGGGCGGAGGAAGGGAAGGAGGAGGGCACGACGACCCUGGAGCUGCUGCAGCGGCGGCCGUGGGGCAUCGGGGGCUGGUUCGAGGAGUCCUCGCACGCCGUGGGGUUCUGGGCGCAGGUGUCGGCGGUUUGGGGGCGGGGGUGGACGGUGCAGGCCCGCCGGAAGGACACGCUCAAGGCGCUGCUGUUCAAGAACGCCUUCAUCGGGGUGCUGGCCGCUACGGUGUUCUUCCAGAAGGGAGCCGUCGAGAAGGACGCGCCCUUGGUGGACCCCCUGAUCCAAGACGUUACUCCGGCCGCCUCGAACGUGCUCGGCAUCCUGUACUUCGGUUGCCUCUAUGGGCUUACGGGACACCUACAGGCCAUCCCGGAGAUUUUCGAGUGGAAACGGCACUUCGAGCGAGAGCGGGCGGGAGGGAUGUACUCGACGACCGUGUACUGGCUGGUGAGCUCGACCGUGCACCUACCGAUCAUCCUGGUGGGCUUUCUGGUGUACCUGAACGUGUGCUACUGGGCCCUCGGCUUGCCUCACGAGUACGCCAAGUUCUUCAUCUUCUCGGGGAUCGGCCUCAUGUCCACGCUCAUGGGCUACUCGCUGGCGCAGACGCUGUCCGCGGCCAUGUCCACUCCCCAGAACGCGUUCGCGACGUGGCCGCUGGUGUUCGUGACGGCGGCGAACUUCUCUGGCUUCACGGUGCGUCUGCCUGCCGUAAGGGUGUGGUUCUCCUGGCUCUGCAACUUCAGCUUUUGCCGCUGGAUCUAUCAGCUGAUGGCGGUGAACCAGUUCCACGACUUCGACGAAGGCCCCAAGCUCCUGGACCUCUACUUCGGCACCGGCCGCCCGACCCUCCUGGUUAACGCCGUCUACGUGGGCCUCGUCUACAGCACCUCCCUCCUGCUCGCCCUCUUCUUCCUCCACCCCCGGCGGUCACGCCUGAAGUUCCUCGAGGAAGCGCCCCUGGAGGACGCGGCGACGGCGGCGGCGGCGCAGCGCCAGGCGGCGGAGGAACGGCGGCGGCGGCAGGAGCAGCAGCAGCAGCAGUCGGGGGACUUCGGGGGGGGCUGGUCCGGGGAGGAGGUUAAGGAGACAGAGGCGGCGAGGAAGGGCUCGGUUGACUCUAGCUUGUUGGAGGCGUACGGCGGCGGUGGGGAUGGGGACGGGCCUCUGUACUACCUGGAAGAAGGCGGCGGCAAGAAACCUACCCAGACCUUCGCAGCGAUGACAAGCGGCGCGGGCGGGAGCCUGCAAAGCUACGACCACAACGACCCUUCGUCCCUCCGCGUCCCCCUGUUGGGAGGGUUCCACGGAGGUUUCCACAGCCUGGAGAACAUGGGAGGCGUGUACGAGGCGGGGGUCUGCGAGGGCUCCCGAGUGGCAUUCUCGAACCUCAACUACCACGUCUACCUUCGAGAUGAGGAUGGCGGCACCGGCACCACCACCACCACCACCACCACCACCAACACUAGCGCCGCCAGCGGUGGCAGGCGCGGCGGCGGCGGCGACGGCGGCGACGGCGGCGGCGGUGUUAACGCUGCCGCCGGUGCUGACGCCGGUCGCGGUGACGUCGUGAAGCCCGCCGUUGUCAGGCGGGACGAGAGCAAGAGGGAGCAGCAAAUCUUGAGAGGUGUCUGCGGCGUGGUGGCUCCGGGUCAGAUGAUGGCAAUCAUGGGUCCCUCGGGCUCGGGUAAAACGACGCUGCUCGACUUGCUCGGCGGCCGCAAGACUCGGUCUGUCGGGCGGCAGGAGGGCGACAUCGUCGUGGACGGCGUUUUCGGGCGGGAGGGCGGGGUCGUCAGCAGGGGCUCCGGCGUCGGCGGCAGCGCUUACGUGAUGCAGGACAACGUGCACCACGCGUCGCUGACGGUCCGCCAGACGCUGCAGUUUGCCGCAAAGCUUCGCAUGUGUAACACUGUCACCGCGGAGGACAGGGAGAAGAGGGUCGCCGCCAUGGUCACCAUGCUGGGGCUUGAAGGCGUUUUGGAGACCACCGUCGGGGACGAGUCCAACCGCGGUAUCAGCGGCGGCGAGGCGAAGCGGCUGAGCGUCGCCGUGGAGGCGAUAGACCUGCCGGGGCUGCUGCUGCUCGACGAACCGACUUCAGGCUUGGAUGCCACGACCGCCCUCGAAGUCCUGACGGCCGUCCGCGGCCUGGCGGACCUCGGCCGCACGGUGAUCCUCAGCCUCCACCAGCCCUCAGGGGAGAUGUUUGAGCUGCUCGACGUCUGCCUCUUGCUCGCGAGGGGCGGCUACCCGGCCUACUUCGGCCGGGCGAACCGGGCGAUGGCCUACUUCGCAUCGGUGGGGCUCACCCCGCCGCCUUCCUCCGCCAGCGUGACCGACCAGAACCCGGCGGACUUCCUCCUCUCCCUGCUGGCCCAGUCGUCGCCCUCCUCCAACAACGGCACGUUGACGGCGACGGCGAGCGACGACGGCGACCAGCACGACCGUGGCUCCUCGCUACCGACCUCGUCCUCGUCAUCGCCGUCCCGUUUCAGCGCAGGCGUUGACAUCGCCCCGACCAUGGCGACGGCGGCGGCGGCGGCGGCCGCGGAGGCGGCGACGGAGGCGUCGUCGAGCACGGUCGGCGGCGGCGGCGGCGGCGGCGGCGGCGGCGGCGGCGGGCUCUCCCCGUUGCUGGACGUGGACCUCGGCAUCGGGCACGUAGGGGUGGAGGUCGGGCAGGGCCCCUCGACGCCUUCGCGCCGCGGCGGCUUCCCCGGUAUCGGCGGCGACGACGACGCGGGAUGCGGCGGCGGCGGAAGCGGCGGAGGCGGCUACAACGGUCGGCGCCCGGUUACGCCGGCGGAGCUCGGCCGCGCGUUCCUACAGUCGUCGCUGUCCGUCGGGAUCAGGCAGGAGGCCGAGAGGGAGGCCGCGGAGGCCGGCGUGAGGAGGCGCGACGCGGAGCGGAUGGGUCUGACGGUGGACGGGAUGGAGGAGGCCGGGAGGGGGUGGAGGUCGAUGCUGUGGCUGUCCGCCGUGCUCACGCACCGAGAGCUGGUCACAACGUGGCAAGACAAGGCCCGCAUCUUCCAAUCGCUCGGGAGGCAUGCGUUCGUCGGGGCCUUCUACGGUGCCCUGUGGUGGAGGUUGGGGGUUGGACGGGUGUACGAGAGGGUGGGGGUGAUAUUCUUCUCGCUGGUGUUCGUUAUGCUCGGGAACCAGCAGAACAUCCCGAGAAUAUUUCAGGACCGGCUGCUGUUCUACCGCGAGAAGGGGGCCGGGGUGUACGGGGCGGUGGAGUACUGGUGGUCCAUCGUCAUCGCCCAGAUCCCGCUUGCGGUGCUGACGACGGCAACUUACGGGGGCUUCGUGUACUUCAUGUCUGGGCUGAACCACAACGGCUGGGAACCAUUCGGGUACUUCUUGCUUGUCAUCGUCCUCUGCAACCUGGUGGCCCUCUCCUUCUGCCAGAUGUUGGCGGCCGGCACCCGCUUGCAGGAUACGGCGGUGUCCCUGUUUCCGGUGUUCCUGUUUUUCUUCAUCGCGUUCGGCGGCAUGAUCGUCCGCCUACCGACCUUGCCCUCCUACCUGCACGCCUGGGCGCCAACGAUCAGCUUCGUUCGCUGGGCGAUGGAGGGCCUGGUCAUCAACGAGUUCGAGGGCAACGAGAACUACAUCUUCCCCGCCCCCGAAGGCACGCCCAUCUCCCCUGAGGAUAUCUACGAGUCCUUCCUGGAGGCCUACGGGUUCGGGCAGAGGGGGAACCACAGCGAUGUGCUGGGCCAGGUUUUGUGGAUUCUGGUGGCUAGCCUGGUGAUGUUCCGGCUGCUCACUCUAAUCGGCCUCAAGUACAUUACUUUCGAGCGGCGCUGAUUUGUGGGAAAUUCCAUGGAAGACCGGAUGGAGGGUAUGCACCACGGAAGACCGCGGUCGGCCUCGAGUACACCACCUUCGACAGGCGCUGAUUAUGGAUAUUCCAUGGAUAUAUGUAUGUUCCAUGGAUGUAUCCCAUGAGAGACCGGGGGAUGUACCAUGGGAGACCGGGAGGGUCAUCGAAUGAGGUUGUGGUACCUCGUGUGUUUGCGCAGUGUGUGUAUCUGUACCGCUACGAUGUUGUUGAUGAUGAUGAUGAUGAUGAUGGCCCUACAGCAUAGUUGUGAUUUGCUUCGCUCGAUCGUUUGGUUGCGUGUGCCUAUCUGGGCCCCUUUGCAGCGGGGGGUGAUGUCAUGUUUGCCAUCGAUGUAGCAGGCAGUCAGGCAGAGCAGUGAGAGGUGGCGCCUGACCCAUCAACCCUUAGUCGGUGUCUUGGUAGGGCUCCGGUGUGGAGGCGGGGUCCCGGGGGGGUGGGUAGGGUGGGGGGCUCCGUGCGCAGCCGAUUUCGUGUUCGAAACUAGUACGUACCUCUAGGGCUCAAGCCGUGCCCUCUUGUGAGAGGGGGCCAUUUUAUGACGGCUUCAUUUUUGUCUUGGGGGUUAGGGGUCGACUUCACCGGAUGUUGAACUCCUUUAAUUUGUGAGUACAGCAUCAGGGGGUAGCCAAGGACCCGAGGACGAGAUAUGUGUCCUAACGAGCCGUCACGUGGCGAACGCUACUUGUUGGGCAAAGGUUGGGCGUGUGUAUUGUUUGUUUUUUCUCGAUUUCAUCUGGUGGUUUUUGUUUUGGCUUGUGUUUUUGGAGUGACUUAGGAGGCUUAUAGGCGCGUGUUAUUUUGAUGGAAGCUUGCCACAAUGUCGCUCACGCUCAAGCGUUGAUUGAAUUGAGGUCCACCCAUGUGCGCGCUGAGGUUUAGUCCUAUCCGGCGGAACCGGGUGCGGGAUUCUUCCAUAGACUCAACACUGAUUACCGGUGCAUGCUUGUAAUAGCCCCCAAUUCCCCCCUAACAGCGGUAGCAUUUCAUGUUUUGAGUUGGGGCGGACACGAUAGAAACGACAUUUCGGGGGUUUUGGAGAUGGGUAUCGGGGUGUAGGGAGGUAGGGAGGGCUAAGGGCCGUAGAGUACGCAAAAUAGAGUAAAAGACGCGAGAGUGUGAUGCACACCGUCGGCACUUGCGAGCCGAGAAGGCGGCAGCCAGCCAUAGGAUUCACAGGAGUGUGGACGCGGUAUGCAGCAAUGAUUGGAGUUCGAGGCAAAGGCAGCAUCAGUUAUAGCUGUAUUGGGCAAGCUCCCACCGAUUGCCCACAACUGGAGAAUGUUGCUCAACAGUUUGGCAUAGCAUGCGAGGGCGGAGCACGAUGAAGGACCACUGAGGAGUGAGGAAGCGGAUUCUAUACUUAAUGGGAUUCUUAUAUUUUGGCUGUUUUGUAAGCUUAGUGAGAGUGAGGUAGGCAAGUCGUCAGCCGAGUAGAAAGUGGGUUGAUUUGGAUUGAUUUGGAACUAAAUGUGUCGGAUACAUGUGUAGUAAACUCAUCAAGUAAAAUCGUGGGAUGAAUGGUGGGCCUUCGCAUCGACAAAGCGAAAGUACAUAUUUCGCAACGAACGAGCUGAUUUCGACGCCGUACAAGUACUGAUGGCGCCGACUUGAGAUGAAACUGACGCGGUGUUGUUGCCAAGAUUUGCAUUUCUGAUGGUAGUGUCUGCGGUGUGAUAACCGUCCGAUUUUUU